CCUCCGUUACCACCACUACCUACAACCACCACCCGGCUCGCCCGUCUCGUUGUGCUUCUCCCAAACCUUUCGUUGACGACGUCAGCCCUCACCAAGCUGCUUCACCAACAAAGACCACCGGCACGACCACACCACACCUCCUCCACCCUCACCAACACCACCCUCACACACGCCUUGAUCACGACAAUCACUGCCACUUGAGAGCCUCACCACCUCCCAAGCCGCAAACACCGUAUCAAACCACUCGUCACCUCAGCACGCACACUAGCAGCCUCACCACCUGCCUGUUGUCGUCAUCCCCAUCACCACCACACCGCCGCCUCGACACCUUAACAUAGAGUUCUCCGCCCCCGAUAUGUCAGCCUCACACACCACGUCGUCCGGCUACGUCGACAUUGGAACGCCUGGCAGCAACGCCUCUGGCACGUCGUCUGACCUUCUCGUGUCCGAGUCGGUCCGCCCCAUUAUCAUCUCUAGCUCCUCUCAGGCCGGUGCCACGUUUGUGCGCAUCCCCGUCCCCUUUGAGCCCACGGGCGCUUGGGUGGCCGCCGAGGUUAUCCGUGACGAGUUUGCUCGUCACCUCGCCAAGAACAAGCACGAGGAUGCUUCCAUCAAUGUAGAGCAAGAGCAGCAGGCCGCUGAAGACGCCGCUGAGGGAGCCGAAGUCGACACGGCAAAGGCAGCCGCUGCCUCUCAGGGAGCUCGCAUCGUGCUUCUCUCUAAGUUCUUGGGCUUCCUCGCUCACAAGCUUCGCGCCUCCGACUCGAUGCCUGCCCACGAGAUCGAAGUCCUCUUCAGGGCUUGGUGCCAAUUCCAAGUCGACUUUCUAGGUGGCGCCAACGACGUGCAUGGCCUCGUCAAUUCACCCGCCGUCGACGUUGAGCAGCGUGCCACCGUCCUUCGUAGCUACUUUGAGACCUUCAGCAUCCUCUCAAAGGCUGGCCGCCUCGACGACAAGGCUCUCAAGGUCCCUCAGCUCUUCAACCUCAUCGAGCAGAACAAGGCUCAGGCCUUUGCCAUCUUCGGUGGCCAAGGCAACAAUGAGGUUUACUUCAAUGAGCUCCAAGUCCUCUUCGACACCUAUCGUCCCCUUGUCGAGGAUCUCCUGCACAAGAGCAGCGUUUCCCUCUCUGCCCUCGCCGACGAGGCAGUCACCAUUGGCGGCUUCUCCAACUUCUAUGCCCAUGGCCUCGAUGUGCUGUCUUGGCUUCAGCACCCCGAAACUCGCCCCCCUGUCGAGUACCUCGCCAGCGUGCCCUUGAGCUUGCCGCUCAUCGGUCUCACCCAGCUCACCCAGUACCUCGUCUCUUGCCGUGCCUCUGGGCUCCAGCCCGGUGAGAUGCGGGAGCGCCUCUCUGGCGGCUCUACGGGUCACUCUCAAGGCAUCAUCUCGGCUGUCGUUGUAGCCGCAUCCACCUCGGUCGACAGCUUCUACACCAACGUGCUCAAGGCUCUCGGCCUCCUUUUCCACAUCGGCAAGCGUGGUCAAGAGGCCUUCCCCAUUCGCUCCCUUGAGCCGGCUCUCGUUGCCGAUGCCGUCGACGGUGGAGAAGGUGAGCCCACGCCCAUGCUCAGCGUCACUGGCUUGACCCAGGAGGCACUCGAGGCCAACAUCAAGAAGACCAAUGCCCACCUCGCUACCGACGAGCAGGUUGGCAUCUCUCUGUUCAACUCUCGACGCAACUUUGUAGUCACGGGACCUCCUCGCUCCCUCUUCGGUCUCGUCUGCCAGAUGCGAGUGGCUCGCGCCGAGUCUGGCCAGGAUCAGUCUAAGGUCGCCUUCAGCAAGCGCAAGGCCGCCUUCAACAUGCGCUUCCUACCCGUCGGCGUCCCUUACCACUCGAGCUACCUCACCGGCGCCACCGCCAAGGUAGUCAGCGAUGACUACAAGGGCACCGAGCUCUGGCAAGCCAAGGAGCUCAGCAUCCCCGUGCACAACACCUUUGACGGCUCCGACCUCCGUAGCCUCAAGAGCAGCCUCGUAGAGUCGAUCAGCGACCAGAUCUUCACUCAGCCCAUCUUCUGGGGACAGGCCACCAAUGUCGCCAAGAACAUUACCCACAUCGUCGACUUUGGCACGGGCGGCCUCUCUGGCAUCGGCGGCCUCACUGCUCGCAACCUCGAAGGGCGUGGCGUCCGCGUCAUCGUGCCCAGCGGUACCCACGCCAACAGCGCUGAGCUGUACAGCCUGCGCACCGUGAAGUUCGAGCCUCGCUGGGAGGAGUCAUUCAUGCCCAAGCUCGUCAAGAACGCUGAGGGCAAGAUCAUCUUGGACACACCUUACUCGCGCCUCACGUCGCGCAAGCCGCUCUUGAUUGCUGGCAUGACGCCCUCGACGGUCCAGCCUGGACUGCUCGUCGCUGCCGCCAAGGCUGGUGCCAAUGCAGAGAUCGCCGGUGGUGGCCACUACUCGCCCAAGUCGAUGUUGAAGAGCAUCCAGACGAUCCAGGCUCAAGUCCCCCCUGGUUCGGGUCUCUCUUGGAACGCCCUCUUCAUCAACCCUCGCCACUUCCCCUGGCAGCUCUCUGAGUGGUGCUCGCUGCGCAAGCAGGGCUAUCCUCUUGACGCCUGGACCACGGCCGCCGGUAUCCCCUCCACCGAGAAGUCGAAAGAGAUUGUUGCUCAGCUCGUCGACGCCGGCAUCGAGCACAUGACGCUCAAGCCUGGAUCCAUGGAGGGUCUGCGCCAGACAUGCGCCAUCGCUGCUGCCAACCCCGACUUCCACUUCGUCCUCAACUGGACUGGAGGUCGCGCCGGUGGUCACCACAGCUACGAGGACGUCUACCAGCCCAUCAUUCAAACGUACUCCCUCAUUCGCAAGUACCCCAACAUCUCCCUCCUCGCUGGCUCUGGUCUCGGUGAUGCCGAGUCUAUCUGGCCGUGGAUGUCGGGUGAGUGGUCCCUCAAGUUUGGCCUUCCUCCCAUGCCCUUCGAUGGCGCUCUCCUCGCCUCGCGCGUAAUGGUGGCCAAGGAGGCGCACACGAGCCCCGCCAUUAAGCAGCUCAUUGUCGAUGCCCCUGGUGUUGACGACGCCGGCUGGGAAGGCACGUACGAGAAGGAGACUGGCGGCAUCCUCACUGUCGUCUCAGAGCUUGGUGAGCCGAUCCACAAGAUUGCCACUCGCGGUAUCAAGCUCUGGCAUGAGCUCGACAAGAAGGUCUUCUCGCUGAACAAGGACAAGCGCGCCGCUUGGUUGGCCGAUGUCAAGAACGCAAAGUGGAUCAAGGAGCGUCUCAACGCCGACUUCCAGAAGCCUUGGUUCCCUGCCAAGGUCAACGGCGAAAUGCUAGAUGAGCUUGCCGACAUGACGUACGAGGAGGUCACCCGCCGCCUCUUCAAGCUCACCUACGUCCACCACCAGAAGCGAUUCAUCGACGCCAGCUACGUGCGCCUCCUCGGCGACUGGAUCCGCCGCGUUGAGGAACGCUUCGCCGGCAUUGAUGACAAGGCCUCUCAGCAGAAGUCGUCGGUCCUGCAGAGCUUCUCAACCCUCGAGGAGGAUCCCAACUCUGUCCUCGACUCCUUCUUCUCUGAGUACCCUAACGCUCGCGACUACUGGCUCUCCGCCGAGGACGUCGGCUUCUUCCUCCAAAUCUGCCAGCGUCGUGGACAGAAGCCUGUCCCCUUCAUUCCCACGCUCGACGCCAACCUGCAGACGUGGUUCAAGAAGGAUUCGUUGUGGUUCGCCGAGGACCUCGACGCCGUCUUCGACCAGGACCCUCAGCGUGUUUGCAUUCUCCAAGGUCCCGUUGCUGUCAAGUACUCCAAGAAGGUCGACGAGCCCCUCGCAGACAUCCUCAACGAGAUUGAGCAAGGCGUCAUUCAGCGACUGCUCCAGAAGAACUACGGCGGCGACAUCAGCAAAGUGCCCAGCGUCGAUUACCUUGGACCCUCGCCUCGUGCCGUCGAUGUCAGUCUUCUCUCGCGUCACGGCAUCACCGUCUCUACCGAGCAAGCUCGCAGCGGCCUCGUUCGUACCUACAAGUUGGGCAACACGCUUCCCAAGGCUCAGGACUGGCUCGAGCACCUCGCUGGGCCCAACUUCACCUGGCUCCGUGCGCUUCUCUGCAGCGUCAGCGUGGUUCAGGGCACUAACUUUGCAGACAACCCUCUCGCCCGCAUCUGCGCUCCGCGUGCUGGCCAGACGGUCUCGGUCGCCUACGAUGCUCAGAGCCAGCCUCUCGGCCUCACCAUCAAGGGUGCUGCCCGCUCGUUCGGCGCGCACGACCCCACCUUUACGACGGUCGACGUUCGUAAGGCUUCGUCUGGCCCUCGCAUCUCAGUCACGCUUUACGAGGAACGCCUCGGUGAGGCUGUACCCCUGCCUUUGCUCUUCGACUACGUCCCAUCAUCGCCCAAGCAGAUCCACGAGGUCAUGGACGACCGAGCCGACCGUAUCAAGCGCUUCUACUGGACGCUUUGGUUCAACGAGCAGAUGCCCGCUGUCGACGUCCUGGCCUCCACUAAGGAGCAUACGGGUCCCGCGAAGCAGCUCGACGAGAACGCCGUCCGUCGCUUCGUACAGAGCUACGGUCAGACUUUCCAGCCUGGAGGACAAGCGCCCAUGGACAUUGCCAUCGUCCUUGGAUGGGAGGGCAUCAUGAAGGCUCUCAUCGCCGCCACUGGCUCGGCCGACCUGCUCCGCCUGGUCCACCUCUCCAACUCGUUCAAAGUCGUCGAGGGUGCACGACCUCUGCGCGUAGGCGACACCGUCUCUUCGGCCGCCUCGGUCGAAUCAAUCAAGAUCUCAGACACCGGCAAGACGGUCGCCGUCAAGGGUACUGUCGUUCGCGAGGGUCGUCCCGUCAUUGAGGUCGUCUCUGCCUUCUUCUUCCGUGGUCGCUUCUCCGACUACGCCACGUGCUUCGAGACCAACACGGAGGAGUACGCUGUCCAGAUCAAGACGCAGGCCGAGGCCUCUGUCCUCCUCGCCAAGGAGUGGUUUGAGUGGAUCGCCCCCACGCCGCUCGAGGCCGGCACCACUCUCGAGUUCCGCAUCGCCAACGAUGUGCGCUUCAAGAACUCCAAGUCCUUCUCCUCCGUCAAGGUCAAGGGCGCAGCCUACAUCCGCGACUACCGUGACGAGCUGGUCAAGGUGGGCAACGUCGACUACGAGAGUGACACGGUCACCUACGGCAACGCUGUCACUGCCUGGAUGCAGCGUGUCUCUGGCAAGGCUUCAGGCCCCAUUCCCCUGGAGAACGGCGGCUACACCAUCGCUGCUGCCCCCGGGCAACGUGAGACGACCUGGGUUGCUCCUCCCUCCAACGAGCCCUACACCCUUGCCUCGGGCGACUCGAACCCCAUCCACGUCUCGCCUGUCUUUGCCGACUUUGCCGGUCUACCCACCACAAUCUGCCACGGCAUGCGCCAGUCAGCAGUCGUCAACGCCGUGGUCGCCUCAGUUGCCGCUGAGGGCCACCGUGAGCGCUGCCUGAGCUGGGAGGCGGCCUUCCAGGGGAUGGUCUCCCCGGGCGACACGCUCACCAUCUCUCUGCGCCACACGGCAAUGCGUGGAGGACACAAGAUCAUCAAGGCUGAAGCCAAGAACCAGCAUGGCGAUAAGGUCCUUGAGGGGACGGCUACGGUUCAACAGCCCCCUACAUUCUACUGCUUCACGGGUCAAGGUUCCCAGGAGCCCAACAUGGGGAUGGACCUGUACAACUCGUCGGAGUAUGCCAAGGCCCUCUGGGACGAGGCUGACCUCCAUCUGCAGAAGCAACUCGGUCUGUCUAUCCUCGAGAUUGUGCGCGAGAACCCGAAGAGCAAGACUGUCUACUUUGGGGGUGUCAAGGGCCACCAGAUCCGUCAGCGCUACCAGGAGUUCUUCUACGAGAGCGUCGACGAGCAGGGCAUGAGUGUCACGCUCCCGCUCUUCCCGGAGAUCACGCCUACGAGCCAGAGCUUCACGUUCUUCCAUCCCGUGAGUGCAGAUAGUGCAGAGCAGAGCAGUCAGAGUAGGGCGAGCGUAGAGACGAGAGAGAGUCAUCUUUGUCGUCGUCAUAGAGGUAAGCGAGUGAGCCGUGGCAGUAGCAGCAGCGUUCCGCGCAGGUAUCUUUGCAGAUCAUCAAGACCAAGGAUUCAUCAAGAGCAACAGCAACCUAUCCAGGUAAGUCGAUUGCACAGGUGCCAGGAUACAGCAAGGAGAGCGACAGCAGGAAUUCCUUCGCACGAGAUACCCAUCUCACGACGUCGAGGCAACACCAAACUUGAAGUCGGUGAGUGCAUGGCUGCCUCCAGACCAUCUCGGCGUCGUGUUAUAUUCAAUACCACCUAUCAUUGUGUGUGUUCUGCGCAUUGUCUAUUCGUACAUCUUGUCGUCCUCGUCAUCGUCGUCGUGUCCAUCGCCGCUGUCUCGCCCGUUGGUAGCGUCUGCUCCCUGCAUCUAUUCGUCUACCCAUCCAUCUCCGAAGCCUCUUCGUCAAAAUCGCGUACCCCGUUCCCAUCCCCGGCCCCUCCUAUCAUCGUCCCGCUGGCGCAUCUCUUCUCUCCCUCAGCUGUCUUGUCGCCUUUGUCCUCCAUCCCAGCAACCUCUUCACCUCCAUCUCAGGCCUGCCAGCCAGGUACGCCACAUUCGCAGAGGCAAGGAGGAGGUCAGCUUGCCAAUGUGUGAGCUGGUCCUCCUCCCUUGUCUCGUCUACAGCAUCGACAGCGCCACGAGCCACUCUUUGAAGUCGCUUCUUGUCCUGCUUGAUAGCCAUCUGUCGCG